AAAUUUUUGAUUUAGCAAUUAGAGAAGGGAGUUGUUGGGAUUAAGCCUGUAGUUUUGGUAAUAACUUGUAAAUUAAAAUAUCCAACAUGUCAGAUUUUGAGUCACUUUCGUCGGUUUCCAGCGAUAAAGAAUUGCAAGAAUUCUUGAUGAUUGAAAAACAAAAAGCGCAAGUGAACGCACAGAUACAUGAGUUCAAUGACAUCUGUUGGGAAAAGUGUAUUGGAAAACCAGGAUCAAAACUCGACAGUUCUACAGAAACGUGCUUAAGCAAUUGCGUUGAUCGUUUUAUUGACACAUCCUUGCUGGUCACGCAACGUUUCGCUCAACUUUUGCAAAAACGUUCGGGAGGCCUGUAAUAGAUGCUUAUAGUCGCUUUCAAACUUGGUGAAAAAGACUUUGAACAAAAAAUACUACUCCGUACCGAAUGUAAUAAAAUAAAAAAUAACUUAAAAACCA